GGGUGCAGGCGGGGGAGUGUGUGAGUAGAAUGCCCAUGCACUGAGAGGCGCGAGCCUGACGGUAUUAUUGUCCUGUUUUCCCCCCGCGCGCCUCGGCUCGAGAGGAACGGGAAGAUGCUCCCGGACUGUCUCCGCGAGGCGGUGUGAUGCUGGGCGCGCGGCGGCGCGUGGAUGAAGCGAAGCGGCGGGAGGGCUCCGGUAUAAACGCACGGGCCCGGUUCUGAGAGGUCCGGGACAUGAAGGCGGUUCGGACGUCGAGGCGGCGGCGGUUCCUCCGCGCGCUCUGCGUCUGCGGCGGGAUGAUCGCGCUCAGCUGCUUCCUUCACCUAACCGACCCUCUCAAAAAGGACCCAAACCUCGUUUGGUCCAAACGAAGACUAACCCAGCAAAUCGUAGAGGAGAAUGAGACGUCCAGCGCCCCACGAGCUGCUAUCAAUGAAUUUCCUGAGGACGUCUUCACUAAGGAGCAGAGGAGGCAUGGGGCGGUGCUGCUGCACGUUUUCUGUGCAGUGUACAUGUUCUACGCCCUCGCCAUUGUUUGCGAUGUGUACUUUGUGCCGUCUCUGGAAAAGAUCUGUGAGAAUCUUCAUCUGAGUGAGGAUGUAGCAGGAGCCACCUUCAUGGCAGCAGGAAGUUCAGCUCCAGAGCUUUUCACCUCUUUGAUUGGUGUUUUCAUCACUAAGGGAGAUGUGGGAGUCGGGACCAUCGUGGGCUCUGCAGUCUUUAAUAUCCUGGUGAUUAUCGGAGUGUGUGGUAUCUUUUCUGGACAGACGAUCUCGCUCACGUGGUGGCCUCUCUUCCGCGACUCAGUUUACUACAUUUUCUCCGUCUUGGCCUUGAUUGUGAUCAUAUAUGAUGAGAAGGUCGUCUGGUGGGAGACGAUAGUCCUCAUAUCAAUGUAUGGAGUUUACAUUCUUAUUAUGAAGUUUAAUAGUCCGAUCUGGGGAUGGGUGGAGCAGAAGUUUGGAAUUCCUGGGCAGCCGUGUUUGGUCAGCAGUCUGCGGCGGGAUAUAUCAGUAGGGGAAGCUACAGCACACUGCGACACCUCCAUGAUCCUGAUAAAGAAAGGUCAGUGUGCAGUUGAUCAGGACUCGCCGGUGGUGAUGGUGGACGAGCUGAUGAGCCUGCACCCUCACCAGUUCUCCUUCUCAGAGGCAAGCCUCCGUGUCAUGAUCACGCCCCACUUCUCCCCCCGCACCCGCCUCAGCAUGGCUGGACGCAUGCUCAUCACCGAGAGGCAGAGGCUGAUAAGGAGCCGGAGCUCAGGGGAUAGUGGGGCCGGGGACACGCCUGGUCAGGAGAGCUCGGGGCCCGAGGGAAGUCCGUGGGGUCUGGAGAACGGGGAUGCUCUAGAGAGCGAGAUGCAGCCACUGGAGGACCCCCGGACCCGGGGCGAGGGGCCGGCGCUGGAGAGAGGAGUGGAUGUAGAAGAUGCACAGCCCAAAGAUGAAGAGGAUGAUGAGGAGGUGGAGGAAGGACAGCCAUUCAGUCCUCUCAUUUUGCCAGGGGGGUGCUGUGAACGGGCGAGGUGGUUGUUCUCGUGGCCUUUAAGCUGCCUGCUGUACUGCACUGUGCCCAACUGUGUGCUGCCGCGCUGGGAGCGCUGGUUUAUGGUCACCUUCGUGGCCUCCACGCUCUGGAUUGCAGUUUUCUCCUACCUCAUGGUGUGGAUGGUCACCAUUAUCAGUUACACACUGGAUAUCCCAGAUGUUAUUAUGGGAAUUACGUUCUUAGCAGCGGGCACCAGCGUCCCGGAUUGCAUGGCCAGUCUUCUAGUUGCCCGUCAAGGUAUGGGAGACAUGGCCGUCUCUAACUCUAUAGGCAGUAACAUUUUUGACAUUCUGCUGGGCCUCGGUUUCCCCUGGGCUCUCCGGACGCUGGCGGUGGAUUAUGGGUCAACAGUCUUCAUUAACAGUAGAGGACUGGUGUACUCGGUCAUUUUACUGCUUGCUUCAGUCUUUCUCACUGUUCUAAGUGUGCAUCUGAACCACUGGAGGCUGGACCGGAGGUUAGGCCUGGGUCUCAUGGUCCUCUACUCCAUCUUCCUGCUGUGCUCCAUCUGCUUCGAGAAGCUCUAGGCCAGAUCAUUCCAAUCUAACGAUGCUUAUCACUGAAAAAACAGUUAAUUUACUACAUAAAACACCUGAUUACUGCUGUUAUCUCAUGUGGGGGCCGGAGGGUGGGGCACUGUGUGGGAGGGACAGUAAUGAGAGGUCAGUGUGAGCAGUCAGGAGAGGGGCUGUGGUUCUGAGUGUGAUUAUUAGGGAGUAAGAGUGUAUUAAGAGUGUAUUAAGAGUUUAUUAACAUCUAAACGCACUUGCUGGAUCAAGGACAGUCCUGAAUAUUUACUGAGAAAAGGUGGUUUGAGCAGAAAGUCCAAUCCAAAGCCAGUUACAAUCCUCAACAGUGUGGGGGCGGGACUUAUCUGCUUAAUAUGACUAACCAGAAUUAUUAAAAAGCUAAUAAAUAGUGAAUUAGCUGGUAUUGGACUGACAUAUCUGAGAGAUUUCCUGCCCCCCGGCAACUUUGUGUAUCAGAAUUCAAGCCACAAAUAUAAAGUGAUGUUUACAACACACAGAACACCUCUUUACCUUCAACAUGUUCUUAAUUCUACUCUAAAAGCAAAAAAUAAAGAACGAUUUAUAGGUAAUUAUGACCAACAUGACAAAUAUGUGUCCUGAUCUCACUGUGAAAUCGUCCACAUCGGUUGUUUGUUAAGGUCUAGUAAAAUGACUUAAAGCAGUGAAAUUACUAAUCAAUAUUUGGUGGAAUAAUCCUGGUUUUUUAAUCACAGUUUUCAUGAAUCUUGGCAUCAUGUUCUCCUCCACCAGUCUUACACACUGCUUUUGGAUAACUUUAUGCCUUUACUCCUGGUGCAAAAUUUCAAGCAGUUCAGUUUGGUGGUUUGAUGGAUUGUGAUCAUCCAUCUUCCUCUUGAUUAUAUUCCAGAGGUUUUCAAUUUGGUAAAAUCAAAGAAACUUAUCAUUUUAAAGUGGUCUAUUAUUUUUUGUUCAAGCUGUAGAUGUAUUUCACAUAGAGAGAUCUAUUUUAAGUGUUUUAUUCAUUUAAUUGUUGAUGAUUAUGGCUUACAGCCAAUGAAAUUUUUUGUCACUUCAUGCUUUCCUCUGCUGACAACUUUUAUGGAGAUGCGGAUUUCAUUUUCCAGCAGGACUUGGCACACUGCCAAAAGUACCAAUUGGUCUUAUAUAAUAUUCUAAUUUCUGAGACACUGUUUUUUGGGCUUUCAUUGGCUGUAAGCUUCUUAAUCAUCAACAAUACAAGAAAUAAACACUUAAAAUACAUCACUCUGUGUUUAAUACAUCUAUUGAAUAUAUACAGGAGUUGUACAAUGAAACUGAAUCACCUGUCAUCAUUUUAGUGUGGGAGGUUUCAUGGCUAAAUUGGAGCAGCCUGGUGGCCAAUCUUCAUUAAUUGCACAUUAUUGCAGCAGUAAGAGCAGAGUGUGAAGGUUCAAUUAGCAGGGUAAGAGCACAGUUCUGCCCUAAAUAUUGCAAUGCACACAACAUUAUGGGGACAUACCAGAGUACAAAAGAGGACAAAUUGUUGGUGCACGUCUUGCUGCAGCAUCUGUGACCAAGACAGCAAGUCUUUGUGAUGCAUCAAGAGCCACAGUAUCCAGGGUAAUGUCAGCAUACCACCAAGAAGGACCAACCACAUCCAACAGGAUUAACUGUGGACGCUGUAAGAGGAAGCUGUCUGAAAGGGAUGUUCGGGUGCUAACCCGGAUUGUAUCCAAAAAACAUAAAACCACGGCUGAUCAAAUCACGGCAGGUGUUUCAAUUUCAUUGUCCAAAACCUGUACAUGUUUCACAUUUUAAAUAGAAUUACUGAAACUUACUGAAAGUUAUUUUUCAAUGAUGUUCAAAUUUUUGAGAUGCACCUCAUGUAGGCAUCUUAUAUAUCAGUAUGUAUCUACUAGACUAUACUGAGACUUUUAUCUGUACUACAUACGUCCUACUCAAAAACUAGUUAGUAUUAGUAAUGAGUAUGCUAAUAAUUGGGAUUCACCAAUUGUUUUAUCAGUUCUUCUUCAACUAUGUGACAGAAUCAAAUAUUUAGAUCAACCUCACAAUUAACCUAUAUGGACAUUUCCAUGUGAGAUCAUGUUGCAAAAUUACAAUGUGUAAAAAAAACAGUGCUCUUAAUCCUUAUGUACGUGUAAUUUCUGACAUUACAGUAUUGUUUUUAUAUGUAUUCUUUUGAAGUGUUGUUUAGCACUAGAAGAAGAACUCUUGCAUCGUAAAUCUGAGCUGUUUCUGUAUUUGACAGUUAGUUUUACACAUUAACCAAAAAAAAAAUCUCCCCUGUUGUCUUUAAUAUGUGCCGAGCUUUUACAUUCUAGUAGUUUUAUACAGAUUGCUGUCUGACACUUUUUUCGGUGUGUUUGCUAUAUUUUAAAUAUCAAAAUGACCUUAUUAUUACCUUCGUGACACUUUUAAACGCUAACUGGUUUAUCACAGUUUACGUAGUAUUUUUUAAAACCCAUAGUAACGAAUAAAAGGAUCAAAAAUCAACACAAAUCUGAAAGGUUUGAUGCACCAAUGGUUUUUCAGCCUCCCUAUUGGUUCAUAAAUGAUAUUGUUUAACUUAUUUUUCUUCACGUGUUAAAUAUUGUUUUGUGGUAGAUAUUAUAUUAUAUAAUAUAUAUUACAGUUGAAACACUGAGUGCACUAAAAGCUUUUUUUGUAAUAUAUAUAAGCAUCCUGUCAAAUGAUUUCCACCUAUAGUUUUUUUAUUAUAUGGAAAAUUCUAUAAUUGUCUCACAGUAAUGAAGUUUUAUUUAUUUUUAUUUUUAAAUCGAUUUAAAAGUCAAUAUGAAUUUAAUAUAUUUCAAUAAUAGUUUUAUCACAGAUGUUCGUAGCUUAGCUUGAAGUCUUUUUUGUCUUCGCAGAUCCACGCUAUUCAUUAUAUUCCUUCUUUAUUUACAGUUCAUCCAGAGGCGUGAAUAGUCUGAUAUCAUACUGUCUGAUCUGCUGUACACUGGCUUUAUUCUGUGAGAAGUUUUACCUACGCUGUUUUAUUUCCUUUAUUCUUUUAUUUUAAGUGGUUUAGAGGCAUGCCUGACUUUACACCCUCACCUCUGUUACAACUCCAUCUGUAUUCUUAAAGAACAUGAACCUUUGUAUGUUGUUGAGAGUGCAAUUAAACGAGUACGGUGCAAAAUAA